ACAGGAAUUUACUCGGAUAUACUUGUUAAUUGUAACAUUCGUAUUUCAAUUCUCUGUAUAACUUUACGUACUUACUUUGAUUUCACAUAAUCUACAAUUCUUGUCAAAAAGCAAUCACUUCACAUACUCAUCAGAGCUUCAACCACAAGAUACCCCACCAUUCCAGUAAACAGCAUAACAUUCAUUUCAUCCUCAUCUAAGCUUACAUCUAAAUUCUUCCGACUUAAACAUCUACACAUCUCUUCCCACAACAUACACCCAAACAAUGAGUCUAAAAGAUGUACACCUUCUAGCCGGCAAAACGGCCGCCAUAACCGGCGGAACAACAGGAAGUUCGUUCCCCAAUUUCAAAACACCCUUCCAGAUCUCCCCUCAACUAACACACCUCUUUCACUAGUCGGUCGCGCAAUUACCCUUUUGUAUCUUCGUCAAGGCUGUAAUGUAGCAGUCAAUCAUCUAGGUCUCGAUUCCGAUAUUCCUCAUCUGGAAUCCCUUCAUAAAGAGGCUAAAUCUCUCUUGCGGGAAGAUUCGCAAGCGGGGAGUUUGUUGGAUGUACCAGGAGAUGUUAGUAAACCGGAGACGGGAAAGGAGUUGGUGGAGAAGGCGGUGGGGAAAUGGGGACGGUUGGAUAUUUUUGUUAGUAAUGCGGGGGUGUGUCGGUUUGCGGAGUUUUUGGAGUGAGUUUUCUCUUGGGUUUUUAGUUGCCUGUCUUUGGCGGGAGGGUGGGGAGGAGAGUAGAGGGGAUGGGAAUAAAGUGAUUGAAAACUAACAAAAAUACAAAAGACUAGAACCCGAUCUCUUCACCCACACAGUCCGCACCAACCUCGACGGCGCCUUCUACACCUCCCAAGCCGCCGCCCGUCAAAUGUCCGUCCAAUCCCCCCCAGGCGGCUCCAUAAUCGCCAUCUCCUCCAUCUCCGCCCUCGUAGGCGGUGCCCAACAAACCCACUAUACACCCACCAAAGCGGGCGUCUUAUCCCUCAUGCAAAGCAUGGCGUGCGCGUUGGGUAAAUAUGGAAUUCGUUGUAAUGCACUCCUACCCGGGACUAUUAGGACGCAGUUGAAUGAGGAGGAUUUGAAGGAUGAGCAGAAGAGGAAAUAUAUGGAAGGACGGAUUCCGUUGGGACGGACGGGAGUUCCGGGGGAUUUGGCGGGGCCGGCGGUUUUUUUGGCCUGUGAGGACUUGAGCGGGUAUGUUAAUGGGAGUGGACUUUUGGUGGAUGGGGGUUUGUUUGUUAAUUUGCAGUGAGGGGAAUGGAAGUGAAGGAAAUAUAUAAUAGAUAAAGAACUCGUAUUAGCUCAAUCCAACAGCUUUGAUAUAUCGAGACCUUAUAUCUUAUAUCUUUUAUGUUAUACAAUGGAACUAUUUGUAUUCAUAUUCCUCUAUAUUGAAACAAAAUAUUC